GUCAUAUCGCCAUCUCAUAACCAGCACUGAGCAUCGUUCUCGCCGCAACGCAGACUACUCCGACUUGUCACCUCGUUUCGUCCGUCUCCUUGCCCAUCACGCCUAUACUAGGAGUCGACUCAACGUCUUCAAGCGACCUUCCACCCACUGCGACGGUGCAGCGCCGCCCACCAGAGCGCAAGCACAUCCUCCCCUCCCUCCUUCCCCCGUCCUCCCGUCGCCAUGAACCUUGACGAAGAAGUGCGACUGUACACAACUAACGCGGAGCGCGAGCGCACGGAGAAUCUGGCGACGCUGUACAGCAUCAUCGUAUCGCUGGACCUUCUGGAGCGCGCUUACGUCCGCGACUCGGUCACAUCGAAGGACUAUGCGCCAGCAUGUACACGCUUGUUAGCGCAGUACAAGAGCUUGAUGAAGCUGGUCGGCGAGGAGAUUGGCGGCGUCGAAACGUUCAUGAAGCGGUAUCGGAUGGACCAUCCCGCCGCACUGCAUCGCCUGACGGUUGGCGUGCCAGCCACGGUCGAGCACUCGGCCGAUGAGAACACUGGAGAUAGCGCCAAGAACGUUGCAGAGGCUACUCAGGCGUUCAUCACAUUCAUGGACGCGCUCAAGCUCAACUUGCGCGCCAAAGAUCAGUUGCAUCCGCUCCUCACCGAAGUCAUGGCCGGUUACGCCAAGUUCAAAGCGAGCGCCGAGUGGGAGGGUCGAGCCAAAAUUAUCCACUGGCUCAUCACGCUCAACGCGAUGCAAGCUGCAGACGAGAUCACGGAGGAGCAGUCACGACAGAUGCUUUUCGACAUCGAGAACGCGUACAACGAAUUCUUCCGGUCACUGGGCAAGGCAUAGGGUAAUAUACAGUGUCAUUAAUUGUGUACAAUCUAGAUAACCAGAGGAGCGGGAUACGACGCGAAAGGGAAGGAGCAGGCUAAAGCUCGACGUCGAGCUCAAGGCCGAGCUUCUGCGUCAUGGCAGC